GUGACCUCUUUGGAAGGGUGACUCACCCUCUGAGUUGGUCAACUCUUAAAAAUGGCCACCAAAAAUCCUCUUUGGCAAUGACUCAGACCCCCAUAAUAAACUUCUAUUCCUCUUAGCUAAAACUCUGCCAUUUGCCCUUUGCAUCUUAAGCUAAUAACAUAAUAGUGUGUUCAUUUUUCAAUUUGACUUUUUCUUCAAAGUUCAAAUUAUUCAAAAUUUCCAAUGCCGGAGACAACAACUGGAGCAGAAGCUGCAAUGCAGCAGGACGAAACGAUUAAGCCAACAGCGGAGGAAUUGUCCCAGCAACUUGAGCGUCUCAAGGGAGACUCGACCAAACUGUCCACCCUGCUGAAAGAUCGCGACAUCGAAGGGGUCAAGUCCCUUACGGCGUUCCUAUUGAUUGAUCUCCACGAACUGGAAACUGACUUACUGCUCCUAGAAGACGAAAAGGCCCGCCAAACGCUCACUGCCGACUUUCAGAAAAUAAAAUCUAAAGUGGACACUGUCCAGGAGAGCUUAUCUCUCACUAAUGUUCCGACCCCUCAGCAACUCCCUCAAAUUGUCAUCAGAGAACCUGCUAUUCAGAGGCCCCAAAUGAAGAUCAAAGCCGCAACUCUCGAUACUUUUAACGGAAAUAUCCGCGAAUAUGGCGCUUGGUGGGAAAUGUUUAAGAUUGGCGUUCACGAUUGCAAGGAAUUCGACGAGGUGAUGAAGUUUUCCCACCUUAAAUCUACGUUGCGCGGCGAGGCUAAGCAGGCUGUCGAAGGCCUUGGCAAAAUCGGCAAUAAUUACGAAAAGGCUAUAGCAGAAUUGAAACGAAGAUUCGGUGAUCCCACCAAGCUAGCUGCAGCGUUUUAUGACGAUAUAAAAACUCUUCCUCCGAAUUAUGAGACCAAUGGUCAACGUCCUACUUUCGAUUCUAUCCAGAAAAGCCUGGCCAAUCUUGAAUCCAUCGGUUCUAGUAUCGAUCAAGAAAACUUGAAAAGCACUGUUCUUAGUAAAUUUUCCAAAGAUACCCUUCGUGAAGCCCUGCGUCAUCUUAAUUAUUCCGAUUCCGAAGCUCCCUUCUCUCAAUUUAGCGUUCCUGAUAUUAUGUCAGCCCUCCAAAAGGCUGUGUCCUUAGAGGAAUUAGUUGAUAUGUAUUUCUCAGCCGGAAAUGACUCCGGAACCCAAACUCGUCAUCCCUCCAAAAAUCGCACCUAUCAGAACCAAUCCCCCGUCGCCGCUCUUAUGAACGUUAAUACCUCCGCAGCUGCACACGAUUAUCGUGCUAAAAACAAAAAGUGCAAGUUUUGCAACGAAACUUCUCACGUCAGCCAAGAAUGCGGUAACUACCGAACGAAAGAUAAACGCCAAGAGCGCCUCUCUCAGCUAAAUCUCUGCUACGUCUGUUUGAGCGAUAGUCACAAAGCAGGUGCUUGUUCCAGUAAAGACAGGCCUUGUGUGUACUGUAAGCGCACAGGUCACUCGAAAUUCUUAUGCGUAAAUUUCCUGAAAGAGAAGCAGCAACGUUACGAGCAAUCCAAGCAGAAUAGAGAUCCAGCUGUGACUCGAUCGAAUUCAGCUUCAACUCCGCCCGGAAAAGGUUCCGGACACCGGAGUAAUUGAACCUGUCAAUUUCUCAAUUAGUAUAGAAGAUAAUUAUUAUUUAGAAGAGUUACCUUAUUAUUUAUUUGAACCGGAAGAUUUAUUUGUACCAGAAGAUUUAUUAUUUAAAAGCAGGCAGAAGCUAUAUCGUUUAAAACUACAGGUAAUUUACUUGGUAAUUUCUAGAAUAUUGUGCUCGUUUCGUGAGUCAAAUUUCCCUUACUUAAAAUGACUUAA